AGUUAAAGAUAAAAAAUAAAUAAAAUAAACCAACAACAACAAAUCAAAAUUAUUAACGUCCCUACAAACACGACAACAACAAUAACAGCAACAAAUAAACAGCGCAAUUUUCGAAACGGGUACAACAGCACUUACAGACAAGCCAUACGUACACGUAUAUAUGUACAUAUGUACAUACAGACCAAAGAACAAACAAAUAAUUAUACAUAAGUGCGUCGGUACAAGAAAUAUAAAAAUAUAUAUAAAUUAAAUCAUCAACAACAACAUCAACAACAACAUCAACAACAACAACAACAAAUACUACUACUACUUCUACUACUACUAACAGAGCAGUGAAAAUACCAGCCGCAACAAGUACGACAGCAAUAACAACAGCAACAAAAUGCAUAUAGAAAUUCAAGUGGCAUUAAAUUUUGUGAUCUCAUAUCUUUACAAUAAACUGCCAAGGCGACGGGUAAAUAUUUUUGGCGAGGAAUUGGAAAAGGCACUGAAGGAUAAGUUCCAAGGACAUUGGUAUCCAGAGAAGCCAUUCAAGGGAUCGGCAUUUCGUUGCUUGAAAACUGGCGAUCCAAUCGAUUCGGUUUUGGAGCGCGCCGCCCGUGAGAGCGGUGUGCCUAUUGCUGAUAUACUAGAAAAUUUACCAGCUGAACUCUCGGUUUGGGUGGAUCCCGGUGAGGUCUCGUAUCGCAUUGGAGAAAAGGGUGCUGUGAAGAUACUUUACUCGGAAAAUAGUGACAAUCAUGAAGACAACACAUCGGCCGAUCGUGAGGUCAAUAAAACCUUCAAUCCCGAAGCGCAAUGCUUUCGGCCCAUCGAUGCGGUCAAUACGAGCAUGAAUAAUUUGAAUUUGAGUCCGAAGACUUCACCGCAUGCUGGCUCAUCGCCACAUUCGGCCUCCUCCAAUUCGCCUACCUACAAGGGUAGUCCCAAUCCAGCUGCCGCUGCAAAUGGUUCGUUUAUGCAGCGCACGCAAGCGCCACUGACAUUCACAACAGCCACUUUUGCACAGACGAAAUUCGGUAGUACCAAGUUGAAAACCAGUUCCAAGCGCACCAAUAGCAGCAGUUCGUAUCGUAUGUCGCCCACUGAGUUCUCCAACUACAUUAAACAACGUGCCAUGCAACAACAGCAACAACAAUUACAUCACGGCGGUGCCGGUCAUGGUGGUCCUAAUGUGGGGCAACCACCAAAUCAUUUCGGUCCCAUCGGACCCGUCUCACCAGCCCGUUCACUCUCACCGAAUCCCCUCUCAUUGGGCUUGGGUCAGAAUGGUGCUGCCGUCGAUCCUUUCUACUUCCCCAAUAUGGCCUCAAUGGGCAUGUAUCCACAGUUCAAUGGACAUCGAAAUGUCUUUGACACACAUUUCCAUGCUGCUGCCGCCGGCGAUAAUGGCGCUAAUCUGUAUGGCGGUGGCGCUGCUAACGGAAUAAAUGGUCAUAGUAAAUUCAGCAAUUAUCUGGAUCCACAUGGCUUUUACGGUUUGGGUGGUGGCAAUCAACAUUUGCAACAAGCUGCCGCGGCCGUCGCUGCUCAUCAGCAACAGCAACAACACCAACAGCAGCAGCAACAGCAACAACAACAACAACAGCAAUCACAUAUGGCACCAGCCGCAGGUGUUGUUGGCGCACCUCCACUACAACAACAACAUGCAAAUGGCAAUAGCAACAACAAGUUGGCUGAUAAGAUUUGUGCUGCUGGCGACAACAACAACACUAAUAAUGGUAAUAACAACAGCAAUAGUGGCAUAACCGUAACUGUAUCGAACAGCUCGGUGGCCGAAACAACCACAACACCAACAACAACCAACAACGCAGUCAGCGCAGCAACAACACCAACAGCAGUUAGCCCAUCGCCAUUAGCUGCAGCAGCUGCUGCCGCCGUAGCUGCAAGCGCUGCCGCUGCCGCUGCAGCCAACAGUAGCAAUCAGCAACAGCAGCAGCAGCAACAACAACAACAACAAGACUCAAACAACUCGAAACUGAUCGAUGGUCUCAAUUCGUUCUAUUCCAAUGCAACUGGACCCUACCAACAACUGUUGGUGGCCAAUUAAAGUGUUUGUAAAUAUAUGUAUGUAAAUGAGAAUAUUUUCUCUUUUUUUUUUGUAAUUUUUUUUUAUAUAGAAAAAAACGAGUGCAUGUUAGUGAGAGGGCAGAAAGCAAAGGGAAAGAAUAGAAUAUUUUUUUAAAUGCUUAUUUUUUUAAAAAACACUGCGAAAGCAAAACCAAAUAAAUAAAUAUUCUAGCAAAAGUGUAUGUAUUAAAUUAAUUUAAUAAAAAAAGAGAUUUUGAAAAAAAUACAAAAAUAUGGAGAGGGAGCUGUUAGCAAGAAGACAGUGCAAAACGUAAUUUAUCCAAAAUUGGAGAAGAAACAAAAAAACAAUAGCAAAAAAUUAAAUUAAUUCAAAAGCAGCAGUAAAUAGAAGAAAUUAAGCAAAACUAACAGUCUUCAAAACAGACAAAUACAUACAUAUUAACACAUUGCUAAUCAACAAAAAGUGAAGCAGAAAAAUUUCAAGAAACUUGACAAAAUUUAAUAAAAGAAAAAUACAUACAAACAGAAAACAUAAAUAUAACUGCAUAAAACAGCGCUUUGCCAGCACAGUUUAGGCCAACUAGUCCAGAGACGGCGCCAAGAGAACGAAGUUUUGUAAUGAUCUUUACUAAUGUAUGUAUGUACCAUACGAGCAGCUGCAUAGGCGAUGGAAAUGCUGCAACGUUAUGUACGUAAAAGGCGCUGUUUUGUUUAGAAAUAAUUUAGUAAAUAAAAACAAACAACAACAAGAAGAAAAAUCAUCUAACCCCCCAAAAAAAACGCUAUCAGCAAAUUUCAAAAAAACUUUUAUUUUUUAUUAACUAGUUGUAAUCGAACAAAACUAAACAAAAAAUGCAAGCUGAUAGUAGUGUAACUAGCGAGUAGAAAGCUGAGCUAGCAAGAAAUGAAUUAACAACAAAUGUAAAAUAAAUAGAUGCAAAAUAACAAAAAAAAAAAACAAAAAGAAUACGACAUACAUAGAUAAUGUCUUAUUAUGUACAUAUGUAUAAGUUUUAAAAUUAGUGAAAAAA